GUCUCCAAGUGUCCCUAGUUACAGGUCAGCUCCACACUGAAGGGGAGGAGCUACUUCCUAGGGUGUCUUCCCAGCAUCACAGCCCCACAUCCCAGCGACCAACGGUGUUGUACUCCAGGGGGCCAAAGAGGACCCUGAUUGCUUUGUUUUGUGCCAUGUGAGUACUAUGUCCAACAGGAUGGCUGGUGGACGGGAGACAUGUUUGACUUUGAUUGGAUUCCUUCUUAUCUGUAUGAAAAUGGUUGCUUCAGCAAAAUCAGCUCCUGAAAUACCCACUAUUGAUCAGGCAUAUUCAAAAAUCAGCAACAGUAUCACUGUAGAAUGGGCUACAGUGCCGGGUGCCACCAGUUACCUCCUCACAGCUGAAGACGGGGACACAGUCAUUGAAACAAUGGUGGCCAAUUCCCCAGGCACUGUGACGGGACUAAAGGCUGCAACCUUGUAUGAAAUCACCAUCAGAUCCAUCAGUGCUGCUGGGAGAAGCCAGGCAUCACCUCCAAAGCAGGCAAAGACAGUGUUGGCUGCACCAAUUCUUGAAGUAAGCUCUCCAAGUUCAGACUCCAUUCUUGUGCAGUGGGAAGCUGUAUAUAUGGCAAUUGGAUUCUCUGUGUCCAUUAUGCAAGCCAAUGGCUUGGGGAGUAUAUGGAAAGAGAAUACUACAAACACCUCCUUGACAUUCACCAGUUUAGAAGCCGGGACUCUCUACACCAUAAAGGCCUAUGCAUGGAAUGCCAACGGAAUCCCUGGGGACGACUCCACCUGCAAUCAAAGAACAAGUCCUCGGGCCCCUGCCAACAUUCAAGUCUCUUUCGAUAGUGGAGCUCUGAAGGCAUCUUUUUCAUGGGCACUGGCAGAAGGAGCUUUCAAUUAUACUGUGAUGGCUUUGAGUGACUCUUCAGAGCUGACCUGCAGCACAGCUUUCAGUUCCUGCACCAUCUCUUCCCUCCAGUGUGGAACUGAAUACUUGAUUUCAGUUUCAGCAAGUAAUGAUGCUGGAUCUAGCAAAUCAUCUUCAACAGUGACCCUGAAAACUGUUGCUUGUGCACCUGGAAGAGUGACAAUCCAAGAAGAUCCCCCCGGCCACCUGUCUGUGGCUUGGUCCAAUGUAGAUCUGGGUGACUACUAUGUGGUCUUUGUGAAGAGUGAUGACGGCUUGGAAGUACACUGCAACACAUCUCUCACUGAGUGCAAUUUCUUAUCUGAGUGUGGCUUCACCUAUUUUAUUAGUGUUUUUGCCUAUAACAAGGCAGGGCAAAGUCCUUUGGGUGACAUAUUCAAUUAUACCACAGCUCCCUGUUGCCCUAGUGACAUUAGCCCCGUGUUGGUGUCCAGUGACAGAGUUGAGAUUGUGUGGUCUCCCGUCCGUGGUGCCGAACUGUAUGAAACCAAGGCUGCAGAUGGGUACAACACGGUUGAGUGCAAUGACACUGUUCCCGCGUGCACCCUUUCGGCUCUAGAGUGUGACACCAAGUACAACAUCACGGUGUAUUCAUUCAGUGAAGUCCGAGGCAGCAAUAUGUCAUGUACUCCCCAGUUCAUAACCACAGCUCCUUGCAGUCCUGAAAUAAAAAAUGUUUCAAGGGAUGCAUUCUCCACGAUUAACGUGCACUGGCAAUCCACUAAUGAUGACGCUACUUACACUGUGACUGCCCAGGGGGAGAAAGGACUAUAUCAGUGCAGCAGCAUGGGAGAGUCCUGUACCAUGCGGGGCUUGCCCUGUGGCUCAGUGUUCUCUGUCACUGCUGUGGCUGAAACACAGGCAGGACGGAGCCUGCCCAGCUACAGUGUGCCCCUGGAAACAGUGCCGUGCUGUCCAACUGGUCUGACAGUAACUCAAAUCACCCAGUCAGUAAUCAACGUGAGCUGGACUAUUGGGAGAGUGGCUCAAACCCAUGUUGCAGUUCUGGAGUCACACACUGGACAGUCUAAGUGUCACACUCAUCAAAACUACUGCCUCCUGGGAUGCAUCACAUGUGGCGUCAAUUACACAGUGACAUUAAAAGCAAUUAGCGCCACAGGGUUGACUGCGGAUUGCUCCUACCAAAGUUAUUUCUCUGGUGCCUGCUGCCCUUUGGGGGUGAAAUUAUAUAGGCUGGGCUCUAACGGCAUCCGGAUCUACUGGCAAGCCUCCAGGGGCUCUGCCAGUUACAGCACUGACCUCUACGGCUCCAAAGGCAUUUUCACGUGCACCCCGAGUGCUGGCCUCAGUUUCUGUGAUGUCACUGAGAUACCCUGUGGGGAUGUAUACACUGUGAUGGUCUCACCAGUUGCUGAAGCAGGAUUGAAGCUUACUUUCUGUCCAAAAAAAAUAUAUUCAGGACAAACUGGCCCAAAGUAUAGUCCUAUGGGAAGGGACAGGAAUAGGUUCCUGGAAAGAACAACUCUGACUCUGCUUCCUGAGGGCAAGGUCAGGUGUGUCCUCACCUGCACAGCAGUUGGAGAGCUGCCGUGUGAAGACUCUGGAGAGAAAUGGAUCCAGAAAAUCCCCUGGACAGCUGCCAGGGCCACAGGACGUCGAACCGCAGGCGACAGCCGCCUCCCGCGAGGGGGCGCCCGACUUCCCUCGGCGCUUCCACCCAUACUACGCGGCCUCCGUCAGGCAGUGGGCGGAAAUUUCCUUGCUGUCGCGCGUGACGUCACCGGAGGGCGAGGUCUGCAAGAGGGGGUGGGGCCUUCCCCUGCAGCGAGGGGCGGGGCCAUCCCAACGCCGCUUUUGCGGCCGAAGUAG